AGGCACGUGUGAGGUCGGGGUGGGGGGCUGCGGAGCGGGGGCGAGUAGGUGGGCGGGACAGGGUCCCCUCCCGCUCCCACCCGGCUGGGCUGGGCUGGGCUGUGCGUGUGAGCGGCGGCGCGGCGGAGUGUCCGAGAGUCUGUCUGUGUCCCCGCAGAGGGGAUCGGCCUGCACGAAGUACCCGGUUUCUCGGCUGCGGUCUGCGUGCUACCGCGUGUGCGUGUCAAUGUCUCUGCUCCCGCUGGCGCGACCCAGGCACUGUGGGGGUAGCGUCUCCAGGUACAUACACACAGGUGGGGAGUAGGCUGGGCUCAAUUCAGAGGGUGCGCCACCCCUCCCUAGGACCUGACAGCAGCACCUCAAACCAUCCGCACACCCCCAACUCGCGUCCGCGAGGUGACAGGAUGAUGCAAAUGAGUCCCAUGUAAAUGAGCGUUAUGCAAAUAGUCGCGGGGCUCCAGGUCCAGACCGCAAGCCUGGAGCGCCCCCCAGAGGCCUUCCGGGAACGUCGAGACCCUGACGUCACAGCGGGCCAGGGCGCGCGGCCCACCUGGGACUCCCGUCCUCCCCAUCACGUGUGCAGCUGCCUCACAAACAUGUCCCUGGAGUCCUCCCACACACACCUCGCUCACUCCCUGCUCGUCAAGCACCUGCCAGCCAGCACCCAGUUCUUCAGGUCCAUCUCCUUGGACUCCUUUCAGUCCUGCGCCCAGACACACUAGUACCAAAUCCUAACAGGGUCAGCCCACCCUGUCCGGGUCCCCAAUCAUCCACAGCAGAGGUCUUCAAACCUCUUGGUGCCCUGGAACCUGAGGGUCUACUGAAACCUUGCAGGAAAAGUCAAUACACAAAGUGGUUCCCCCCCCACCCCGGGCCGCGAUGGACCCAGAGUAGCAAUCUGUCAGCCCACCUGGAGACCCUGCCCCUGGCUGGCCUCACUGUCUCCUCAGGGGAGCCUCCCACCCCCUCACCUCACCUCACCACACCCUGGCACUGCCCACACCACACUGAGAGUGGCAAUGCCCCGGACUUGGAGCACCCAGGGCAGGGUCUGACUUUUUAUCUCCUCCGGGCAGAGCUUGGCCCACAGCCCAGAACUUGGUGUGGUGAGCCCAGGCAGUGACACAUUUCCCAUUUACUUCUCACUGCAGCCCCCAGGACUGCAGUUGGAAUCCCUCCACUCAGGGAGGGGCCCACAGACAGUGCCAGGGUUUAAACCACAGACGUACGCACUGAGCACACACCCGCACAGGAGCCCUGUCUGCUGCUGCCACUGCAGCUUGGGCCAUCAUGGGUGGGCCCUGCUGGAGGAGGGGAGGCAAGGGUACCAGAGUGUGGGAGGGGCAAGCCCUGGGAUCAGGGGGAGCCCAUGCUGGCAGGGCAGGCCUCCCCCAGGCAGAGACCCUGGACUCUGCCAGCAAAUGGGCUGGCCUUAGGGCUCACGUGGUGGUGGUGGCGGUGCACAAGGCCUGUCAGGUCUGGCCUGGGGAAAGGGGACCCGCAUGCAGCCCGGUCCCUCCCAGCCCCAGCCCGAGCCUGAGCCCCCACAGGGCUUGGAUGCCUUCAGAGAGACAAAGGGCCAUUGAGGCCUCAGAGCCAGCUGGGGGAGGGGAACUCAGGCUACCCCGGCUAUUUUGGGAUCUUCAGACUCAAAAUCAUUCAGCCCUGACCAGGCCACGCAGGCUCAGACCCCAGGAACAGAGGGUGCUCCGAGCCAAGAAUCGGCCCCCCUCUGGGCUUACACACAGCAACAUGCUACUGCUCCCAUGUGUACACACGCACUCGAUGUCCCAGGUCUCACGUACGCAGAUACAUGCACACCCACUCACUCAAGUCUGCACAGGCACUGGGUGUCACACACUCACCUGCGUGCAUACACACUGCACGCCCUCAUGCAAUGCAAAACUUGCCCCUCAGUCACACAACACACACUGGGCGUGCCCCCAAGUACACGGUGUGGUUGCGCCCCUCCAGGUGCUUCCCUGAGAAGGAAGAUGGGGAAUGGAGUCUAGAGAGGAUGGGAAGUCCUACCUACUGGCCCCCCGCCGACACCUUUCUUACGCAGAUGACCCCUCCCUCACUCCGGAGGGGCCGGGCCCAGCUCCCCCGGAAAGGAGGGGGUGGGGGUGGGGCGGCACCGCCCUCCCGGCGGCGAGCACACACCGCGCGUGCGCACACACCUUUAAUGUCGGGCCUCGCGGCCGGCGGCGCCUCGGCUGGUCCCGCGGAGCGCGCGGUCCGCCUGUCCCCGCCGCCGGGACCUCGAGGGUACCCCGCUUGUGUGUGAAGCGCAUCGAACAGUCGAGCGCCGGCCGCCAGGCGGCCCGGAGUCACAGGUGUCUGGCCGCCCCGGUGGGGGAGGGGAAGAGGACGGGGCAGGGCGGCCCCUUCCCCCAGCCCCGGCCUCCUGGUGUCUGGUCUCAGGCUACGGCCGUCCCCUCCCCCUCGGCCUCGGCAGACAAUGGGCGUUUCACGGCGGGACGUCGCUGCUGGACCCGGGCCCGCCGCUGGGAAGGAGGCGGCGUCCAGCCCGGGCCCCGAUCAACGCCUCAGGACAGCCCCAAAUCCACCUCUUUCGGCCAGGCCCUGCCCAUCUCCGGGAGGAAAGAGAAAGCUGGAAGAGCCAGGGUGGCACCCACGUGUGGUCAGUGCCUGCCAAGCCACAGGGGCUACCUGCUGUUCCCUGCAUCUCCAACCUUGUGGUGCUGCCUUCCCUGCCCGGAAUACCCUUCCCCCUUGGCCUUCGCUCCUCAACACACAGCUACACCUGGCCUCCUUGGAAAGCCCGUCCAGAACCUCGAACGGCCCUGUGCAGGUGGCAGUGGCAGCCCUUCCAGCGGCCCUGUGAGGAUCUGCUUCUGGGCCGUGGCAGUUGGGUGGCUGAGGAAGGAACCCACGGAUGGAUUCACAAAUGGACCCUAGCGACCCUCACCGCCUCCCCUCCAGGGACAGAAGUGGAUGUACAUUGCUCCCCACUGGUGGGUCAGGGACAGGCCACAGUCUGGCCCAGAUGCUGUGCUCUUAUUUCGCCCUAAUGUACACGGGAAGCCCGUGUCUGUGGCCAGAGGGACAGGCUGCCUGCUUCUGCCGGGGCCAGCGUGGGGCGGCCCAGAGGCAGCUGCCAAUGGGAGGGGCAGGGAAGCUUCUGGCCCACCUCAGGCCAGAGGCAGACCAGCCUCUCCUGACUUGCCACACCUAACCCCUAACAGUGCCAGACUCAGGGUCCGGCAGGUACGAGAUGGGACAGGGAAUCCAAGUGGCCCCAGAGACUCUUCCUGUCCCUACCACAGUCCUUCCAUCUCUGGCAUUGAAAAACCCAGAGGCAGAGCCCACAGGAGGCAGGGCCCAGACCUUGUCCGGGAACAGGGGGGUGGGAGGAGGGCAUAGCUGGACACUGGGGCAGCAGGCAGGAGAUGGGAGCCAUAUGAGGGCAGAGGGCUGGAGCCCUGUUCCCAGGCCCCCAGGGACACAAGCCAAGGUUGCCUGCUACCAGCCUGCUGGCAGAGCACCUGCAGGGUCCCCUCCCCAGGCUGAUCCAAGGGUGGCAGGAACCACAGCCCAGCUGGGAUUUCAAUCAGAAUCGUGUGCCGGUUGGUACACCUGAGGCUGCAGGCACACGUGCACACGUGCAGGCCACACAGCUGUUAACAGCAGGCUGCGUGGGAGGACACAGAGCCGGCCCCUCCCAUGCCUCUUUGCCCUGGUGGGGAGGGGAGUGGGAGGGGCCCUCUUCCCCUUCCCAGGUCCAGCUGUAAGCAGCCCCUGGCAGGGGGCCUUCCUCAGAGGAAGUUCUCAGGAUCUGCUCUGGGGGGAGAGGCCCCUUCUAGGGGAGCUUCCCUCCCCACUGGAAACUCCACCAGAGGCCUAGUCACCCCUGCCCGGCUCCCAGCCACAGCCUGGGACUGGAACGUGAUCCCUCCUGAGUCCCAGUGUAGCCCGUGGGGGCACAGUGCCCUCUGAUGAGCUGCAUCAGUGUCACCAGGGUGCUUGUCACUAGGGUGCUGUCUCAUUUCUGAGAUCCCUGUUGCUCUUCAAUGAGAGGCGGGCACUCUCUGGGACUCUGGGGUGUCAAGGGUUACUGGGGCUAUUUCAGUGAUUGUGCCUGCAGCCCCCAGCCCGGCUGGGCCUUGGGGGCCUGUGUGGGGAGCCAUGGUUCCCCUAUCUCAAUGGUGGGGGGGGGGCGGCUGGGGCCAGCAGAGCCGGACAGGAGACGGAGACCAGUUUUCAUCCCCCCCCGCCCCCCGCCCCAGGCCUCUAGGCAAGGGUAGAACUUGUGGGGGGAGGGAGGGCAGCUGGCCUGGAGCCCGCAGGUGGAGGCAAAGGGCUGGGGCAGGUGCAGGGGCAGGAGAGAGGCCUGUUUCUGCAGCUGUUUUCCACCUUCCUGUGGUGAUGGGGGUGGGGGCAGGCUUUGCUUCUCAGGGGGCUGGGGAGAAUUAACCCUUUAGGAAGGAAGCAAAGCAGGCUGGAGGAGGCUGAGCUGGCCUGACUGUAGCAGGGUGAUGGUGAGAGUGACCUCUGGCUAGAUCCACGGCCCUGAAGUCUGGGCCCACUCCCCUGCUAACCUUACCUGGCAGCCCCAUGCCACCCUCUACACUCCCCCCACCUCAGCCUGUAGGACUGGCAGGGCAGGGGGCUGUAGCCCCACACCUGGGCCAGCUAGCCCUGACCAGGUGAAUCUAAUUUCUCCUCUGUGCACGUGGGUCCCAGCACCCCCAGAGAUGCUGUAAGGGCACAGGCAGGCCCCACCGGAAUCCACUCUGUCCAGCACCCUGGGGGAGGCCAGUAUAGACAGCGGGAGAGGGGAGGACAGUUUCAAAACAACUUUUUUUUUUGCAUUUCCAAUCUGCAGGGGAGAAUGGAGACCAGGGCUGUUCUCUGGGUGUGGAGCAGGGGGAUGAGGUGGGGUCUGGAAAAAGCCAAGAGCUGUUUCCACUAGCUCAGUCUGGCGCAGUGAAGGGACUGGAUCCAAAGGCCUUUGGUUUCAGGAGCAGCCCCCCACCCAAGCCUCCUGGGGCUGCCCCAGGGAGGACACCAGCCAGCCCACCGUGGGCCCAGGGGAAGUCAAAGCCGGCACAGGUCCAUUCUAGCGCUGACUAUCUACCACGGACCCCCAGGUGGGGAGAGGACAGGCGGGCGGUGGGGGGGGGGGCGGUCACACCCCACCUGAGCUGAUGCCCCACCCCCCUGGCUGCUGGAAGGAAGGAGAAAGCCUGGGCGGGCAGCCUCCAGCCUGGGCCUGCCUGGGGGAGGGGCUGAGGGCGCUAGGCGGGUCUGGAGGGGUGGGGUGAGAACCUACAGUCUGGAAGAGGGAAACAGGGACAGGAAGCAGCCACCUCCCACCUCAGGGAGGAAUGUGGCGGGAGUAGGACAGGCUCAGAGGACUUGGGGGUACAGAAGCUAAGUGCCAGACAGCAGAGGGAGCCUGCCCAGGAAACUCCCCCUGGACUUCUACCUGCCCCCGCUCUGCUUCAGGGAGAGCCAGUCCCUGUCUGGGGGUGUCUGCAGUCCACAUCCAGCUCCGAGGCCAUAGCGCCUGCACCAGUGCGGGGCCGGCCCGGGACCCAGCACCUCUCCAGCCUGAGCUACAUAGGACUGCCUUCCCAAAGGCCCUAGAAGGCUGGCCUGGCAGGGAGGAAGGGAGGGAGGGAGGGUGCUCACUGGAAUCAGGCUGGCCAGGCUAGGCCACGGCCGCCAGGACCCCGGGCUUCAGGGCUGGGCAGGGCUGAGCUGGGCCACAGCCAGACUCACCGACCCUGUCCCUGUGCCAGACCUGGAGAGGGCAGACAACACUUCCUUUCUCUGCUCCUGGCUCCUAGUGGGCAGGGAAAGGCCUGGGGAAGGGCUCCAGCCCUGCAUCCCUCCUAGGGGCUUCAGGGGGCCCCAGGACCAGUCUUCAUAAGGUGGGGGAGGGGAGGGUGGUGGGAGUGUAUGGGUGCUGCCCAGACCAGGGCAAAGUGGCUGAAGGCUGGAGGAGAUGCCUGCUCAGCUUCCAGCCUGGGCAGGCUCAUGGUGCGUGGGCGGCUGGCACUGGAAGAGGCCAGGCCACUUCCCUGACAAAGCAGGGGGCGAGGGGCUCCUUCCUGAAGAGGCUGCUCUGAAGCAGAGCAUCGUCUCCCUCACCCACAGGUGGCGCAGAGGGAGGGACACAUACCUGUCUCAGUUAUGCUCGGAAUGUGGCUCCCCAGGCGGAGGAUUGGGGAGGAGCUUCCUGGGGGCUGGAGGCUGGGGAAGGGGCCCAGAGCCAGGAAGACCCUGCAGGCCCUGGGGGGGAAACUGAGGAAGGUAGUCCCAGUAGAGCUGGGGCCCAGGUGGGGAUGAGCUGGGGGCAUCCAGGGAGGUGGGCCUGGCAGGAUGUGCCCCUGACCUUCACGGCUGUGGGCCUUUUGGGGGCCGGGGAGAGGUGUGUUAGAGACAGGGGUCUUGGGUGGUCUUAGGGUGACCUCCACAAAUCAGUGGCUGCCCAGCCUUCACUCUGGGCCCUGUGGGGCAGGGGCAGCUGUGGGCUCUCAGGAACAGAACAGGGUCAGAAUCAGACAGGGAGGGGUCAUCUUAGUUCAAGCCCUGCCCAUCCCUAACCCUAACCCCUCACUAGGGUGAGGCCUUGUCUCCCUGGAGAGCCUGGAGUGGGGUUUGAGGUCCUUAUCUCCCACAGAGUGGAAGGUGGGCCCUCCUCCCAGCCGCACCUUCCUGGGGGAGGUGGGGAGAGGACUGUCUCUUCCCCAAGCCUGGCCCCAGCUCCAGGGGGCCUUUUGCCUCAGGCCUUCGGGAGGCUCAAGGGGGAGGCACCCCCAUCUAACUGGGGUCCCUGGGAUGCACCCACCCUGCCUGCAGCCCCUGCUCCUCAAGGUGCCCCAGUUUGCUUCCAGAGAAGGGAUCCGUGUCAUGGGCUCAAAACUUUCAGGGCUCCCUGGCCCCUUGCAGUGGACCCCAAGCUUCUCACUCUGGGACCCUCCCCUCCCUGGGGGCUUCCCCUCCACCCUGGCUCUACCACAAGGCUCCAAGCUACAGUCAAGGCUACUUCCUUUCCUUUUCUCUCCAUGAACCUCCUUCCCCAAGACCCUCCUCCUGGCAGGCCCACCCCAGAAGACUCUGGUGGCCUCGGCCGCUUCUGGGUGCUCACCCCAUUGCUACACACUGGCCUGUGGGUCCCAGCACCACUCUCCCCCGCCGGCCCAACUGGAGCUGGGGGCCUAGCCCAGUCCCUAUCCUGGGCAGCCGGCACACAGAAGGUGAAGUCUCGCUGUAAGCUCUCCCUGUGGGCCCUCCUUUCCAGGUGUCGCUCUGCCCAGCCUGAUGUAUCCGGAACCAGGGCCUGGCCUGGGUAGAGCAGGAUCUGGCAAGAUGGCAAAUCUUGUUCUGCCCGGGGUGGCCCUCCUGCCACAUGCCCUCUGACCCCACAGAAGGCCUCAGUUACCGAGUCGUGGACCCUCAGGCUGGACCCGUCCAGCUGCAGAGUUAGUGAUGUGCCUUCUUGAUCUUGCAGAAACAGGGGACUCUCUGUGCCCUGACCCCUCUCCUUAGCCCCCAACUCAUCUUUCAAAACUGAGCAUCACACCCCACAGCCUGCCCCAUCUCCAUGUCACCCUCCUAUCUCUUCCCUAGACCACAAGCUUCCAGAGCAGGGCCAGGGUCUCCAGUCCUCACCUGGUGGGAGGGCCAUGCUGGGACCUCCUCAGCUAAGCUGGUGCUGCAAGGGACCAGUGACACAGCCCCGCCGGCCUCUCUGUAUGACGUUGCAGGCUGGGACCCUGGACGCAGCCCCAGGAGCAAUGGACCACAGGCCCCGCAGGAUGCUACAGGGCCCCCACUUCAGGUCCCGCCCCUCGCCCUGCACAGCCCGCCACCCAGGACCCCGCAAAAGCCAAGCCAGCGCCACAGCCGUAAGUCGGGUGGAAGAUGGAACUUCCCUGCUGGCCAACAGAGCAAAUCAGAGGGACAGGGUCACCUUCCCAGGACAGGAAGUCAAGGACCCUUCCCACUGCCCUGGGAGGAAGCAUUCUCUCCUCUCUCCGCCCUCUCCGGUACAUCCCUUCCCAGGCAGCCAUGAGGGGACAGACAGGAUGUGAGGGCGACGGGCAGUUCCUAUGUUCUCCCUGCUACAUUCCUCAGCCAAGGAUCUCAGCCCCCAACUGGGAUUCUCCUGGGUUGAGGUGGGUGGGUGAGCCCUGGUCAUGUGAUUCCUGCUCACCUCUCAGAGGCUGGGGUGGGGGAGGGAUGCUCUUGGGCCAUUCAGAACGGACGCAUGGGGAGAGCAGACAUGGAAAGGUUCUGUACCUCUGUGAGGGGAUCCCACACCCACUCAAACUCCUGGAAGCAGCCCACUCCACAUAACUGCCCCUCCCAGAAAUGACAGGCCUCUUGUCAUGACAGCCCCACCUCCAGCACAACCCUUAAGCCCCACCCCAACGGGUUUGCUCAACAUCUGGGCCCUGUCUAAACAAAUGUUUGGGCUUCUGCAGAACACAAACAACUGAUGUUCAUUCACCUGGUCCCAGCCUCUCUCCUAGAACAGGGAACUCCAGGAAGGGGCAUGCAGAACUACGGAGGGGGAGGGGAAGAGAGAGGAGGCCUGUCCCUUUGCAGGGCUGGGACUCACUUGGCUCCAAGACAAAAAGUGGUGGCAUCUCCAGGGCCAGGGUGGGGAGCGCUGCUUAUAUCAGAGAUUGGAGCUGAGAUGGCUGGGAAGCCAGGGAGCUGGGACUCAGAAAAGGAGGUUGGACCACGAGAUGCCAAGUGCUCUCGCCUCCAGCAAACUCUCUCCUGACCCCCACGGUGCCUCCCCUGCUCUGCCCCUUCACGCACCUUCCACACAGUGUUCCACCUCCUC